AUGGAUGUUUUGGAGAGAAAGAAGAAGAUAAAGUUUUGUGCAGAUAUUGCUAUGGCUUCUGCCAAAAAUGCCACAACUUCUUGGAGCAAUGCAGUAAUUUCCGAUGCUAUGAAAUACGAAGAAAACUCUAUUCUCGUGGAUAAUUUAUUAACCCACAAGUCAAGGUUCAUGCCACAAAAGACCCCAGUUUGCAAAAUGAUCGCUCUCCAUAAGAGGUUUCGAAGCAAGAAGAUCUUGAAAAAGUGUUGUAGUGUUGCCCAAAGAGCAAAAAAGACGUUUCCUCCUACGUCCAAUUCAGCUACUUAUAUUACAAAAAGAUUGGUAAAAAAGAGAACCCAAGUUCUUAAAAGACUUGUACCUGGUGGAGAAGCCAUGGAUGAAUUCUCCCUCAUCAAAGAAGCGUUAGACUACAUCCUUUCCCUUAGGGUACAAGUUGAUGUCAUGAGAAAUCUCGUGAAUGCAACCGAGGUUUUGAAUGAAAGUAAUUCACCCAUAGUCGAUUAA